AUGUCUCGUUCAUAUCCAAAACCACUUAAACCCGGCUCCUGCACGCUCCGUCUUGCUCUCCUUCCCUCCCUAUCUCCGUCCCAGAAAACGGCUCUCGUCUCCUCAAUCUCAACAGACAUAGCGGCCACCUUCAUCUACAUCGCCAAAGCUGCCGAAACGGGCCUGCUCGAUUCUGAGAACACCGAGUCCCUCGAUACGGUCAUCCGCAUGAUCAAAGAUACUGCCAUUUCGAGGAGAGAGAGGCUCGAGGAGAAAGUCGCCAGUUAUCAACGUCGACUAAGGAGGUAUCGCCGAAAGUACAAGCGGCGCAUGCGUUGGGUAAGGAUGGAGUUCAGGAAUGUCGUGAGUAGGGCGGAUCUGGCGCUGAAGAGUCGGACGAGUGUGGGUGUGAGCGGGAGCAAGCGGCGUGGGUCCACAGGGGAGUUGUGA